AAGCUAUCUCCAGGGUGUCCAGCUUGCCACAGAGUGCAGAGGCCUCGCUUCUAGUUUCACGAUAUCAACCAUUUAAGGCUGAAUUUAGGCGGUACAUUGGUGUCUCGGAUUAGUGUUGUUCUUUGCUGUAGUAGCACCAGUGAGCCUGUAGGGGGAGCAGAGUCACUAAAAUGAGCAGAAGAAGAGAUCACACUGGUUGGUUAUUAGCGUUAUUGUUUUUUCCUCAAUGAAGCAGUUGAUAGGUGAAAUUUAUCAGACGGAGGGGCUUUCUUUUUCUUUUUUUCUUUUUUAUGAUGGGCUGAAGUCUGAGCAGCUGCAGGGCUUUAAACAGGGAGGAGAAGCAGGACUCAGUCUGACCCCUUCCUCCAGGUUUCUGCAGGCUGAACUGGAGCUGAAUGUCCUUCUUAGCCGGCUGUCCUUCACAGAACCCGUCCGCUAUAUCUACAACCCUCUGGAGUACGCCUGGGAAACUCACCGCUGCUAUGUGGAGAGGUACUGUCAGAGCGGACAAUCGAUCCUGUUCCUGGGCAUGAAUCCAGGUCCUUUCGGGAUGGCACAGACAGGGGUGAGCACAGCAUUCUUACACAAUCCAUGUUUCAUUUUGCAUGUAUAAAACUGCUGAUAACCAUUGAUAUUGUGGUGACAAACAAACCAUGUGAUCUGCAGUCUUGGUCUCUUGUAAGCGGAAGUGGACCAAAACAAAAACAAACCGCAAUGGUAACUUAUAAACUGAGAGGGACCCAACUGCAGCGCAAGAUGGCGGACCCAAAAGAUGAAUUUCCGCAAUGAAUUUCUGCAAUGAACUUCUGCACUACCUCCGAUUGGCGGACCCAAAAGGAUUACCUUCCGGCGGAUGGGCUUUCUCGUUGGCGGACUUCCGGCGCCGAAAUAUUUCGCCAAAAGUUUGUUUUUUGUUCACAUCCAUGCGGUACGUUUCUAACGGAAUUAAUUCGUCCAGCUAAAUAAAGAAACAACAUGUGGGAAGGUUAUUCCAAUGAUCAAUUUUUUUUGUCAGAAGGGACUUCCAGUAGUCGGAUUUAGUCGCCGUAAGCUUUUUUUUUUUUUUUUUUUCGCUCCGUUCAUUCCGUAAGAAUCGAAUUGAAUUUAUUAUUGAGCUAAAAAUAAAGCAGAAUAAAACGUUUAUGUCUUAAUUAUGACUACUGUUUUGUUCUGAUUUAAUUCUGAAGUUUACAGUAAUAUGUAUAUAUAGACUGAUGUCCUCAUAUUCUGAUAAUUUGUCAGAAUAGGUAUAAAUGUAUAUAGAAGUUAUCAUCUUACUCAAAUUCUUAUGUAAGAGUUUGCUACAAGUAUGGACUGUUUUAACGUCUUGUUACACAUCAUAUAAGAGUGUUUUCUAACUUCUCUCUCCAAUAGCUUUAUUACACAGCACAUGAAUGUUUCUUACCUUCUCUGUGACCUUGUUUCUCCUAUUAGCAGGUGUGUGUGUGAUGUAUCCUCCACUGUGAAUCUAUUAGGACCUCGUUUAAUGUCAACAAUGUUGCCCUGACCCUCACAUAUUUUCUGUUGUUCAUAAUUAUGUUUUAUGAGAGUGCUUAUGUUGCUGCACAUAUUUCCCCCCCCAUCCUUUAGUAACAUUAUGUAACCAGGGACAUAAUUUAUGAAAUGGUGUGCUUCCUGGUGAACCUCUUCAGGAUUGAUUGACUGUGCAAAAUCCAAGUACACAAUAAUUGUAGAGACACAAGUCACAUGAUCUGUUUAAGGUUCAGAAGAGCCAUAUAGCAAAAACAAUUGAAUUGCGAUAUCAUUACAGACUGUGUAAAGAAAUGGGAAAUUGUCAUACAACUGCUUCAAAGAUUUCUUUAAUGUUUUCCAAAAAAUAAAUUGUGAACAGUAAAAAAAUAUAUAAUAUAUACAUAAUUUAGAGCGUUGCCGUCGGUGUGGUGGGGGGCUUAAAAUAUGUUGCCACAGGCCAUCAUCUGCUCUGCUCUUAACCGGGUGAUGCCAUGCUCCUGAAGUGCUUUGAUCAAAAGCUGAAAAACAGUCAAAUAAUGUGAACAAUUGAAGUUAUGCAGUAUGGGUUAAUUGUUGUUCUUGAGCUUUCCAAAUGAAUAAGAACAACCUCUUAACAAUAUCAUCAAUUUUCAAAGCAAGCUAUAUAGUUUGAUCUACUCACCUCUGGGAGCAUGACAUCAAAAACAAAAUCAAGCAGGUGAAUCUCGCCUCUUUUGAUUUUUUCUGAAAUGGUUGUUGCCUCCUCAAUGAACCGCAGGAGCUCGAACAUCUAUUGAAGAAAAACACAGAAAGUAAACAGCUUUCAAAUGUAACACCUCUGAGAGUAAAAAUACUCAUGAUGGAUGGCAUUUUUACUUACGCGCUGCUCACUCCAAUUUAGUGUCCUUAUCUUAAGAUGCUGCUUUAGCCGGAGUGAGGUGGCGGGAUUCCUCCAAAGAAACAUUCUGUUGGAGCGGAUCUUUCCAGACAGUAGAUCAUUGUGUAAUGUCUGAAACCAAAGAGCAAGAGACAAAAAUGUAAUCAUCUGAAAAAGAAACGGUGGCUUUAACAACUGAUAGUGCAUUCAAAAGCAACCUUGAUCUGUGUCUUAGAAAAGACAGCAUCAAUUCCUCCACUGUCAACAGCAUCCUUGAUCCUGCAGAGAAAUAAGAAAAAGAGCAAGCCCUCAUUUUUUCAUCCUUUGAGCCUCGUAUUUUUGACUGAUACUAUGUUUCCUUGAUAAAUUAUGUUAUACCGAGGAUGCUCAAUGGAGUCCUCGCAGCCGCAGUCAAACGGCUCCAUGUCAAUCCCGGCACAAUCCUGAUGCAGCCAGCCCCUGCACGUCUUGCACUGGACCCAUUUUAUCAAUUUUACCUCAGGGUAAAGCAAUCUGAUCAAAUGAGAGACAAACAUAAUAUUAAACAAACACGCUGUCCAAUUGAUUAUACCUCUACAGCACAUUUGAAUGUAUAAAUAGUUUUCCUGCAUGAUUCGUGCAUUUAAACUAUAUGUAAAAGUGGUCACUUCAUGGAAAAUCACUGAAUAGGCCCCGAUAAUUGCAUUUAUUAAAUUGAGUCUGCAACACACCUCUCUCCUGUGUUGUUCGAUGUCUGGUAGACACAGAAUUGCAUUGAAUCUGCCAUGCACAUUCUUUGGACAUCCGAUGCCGUCUGCGUCAUGGUUUCCUUGACAAGGCCAUUUGAAAAGUAACAUCAAUUACCAAAUACAUCGAGACAAUGUUGAUCCAUACAACUGUGUGCAUUUUGAAGGACUCCCACUGAGAUAAUAUUGUUUUUAGAAGGCAAUUUUCUAACCUCUAUGUCCUGCUGCUCUGCCUUCCUCUUUAGACUGAAGACCGGAGUAUGCUUUCCAGCAAUGAGCUCUUGACAUUCUUUGGUCCAGUGGGCGAAGAUUUUCCCACAACUGUAAUGACAAUAUAUCUUUAAGUACAAUAUAUUGAUUGUCUUCCAGUUAAUUAGGGCAUCUAGUCUACUUAAACUGUCUACCUGUUCAAAGAAUUGUUCUCCAGGAGCAACAGGCACCACCAUCGCCGCAAAACAGGCAUGUCAUGCUGAAAUUGUUGUUUGUAUUUCAUUUUAGUGCACAAUACAAAAUACAACCUUGAGGAUGACACUGCGUGUUGAAAAGUACUUACAACUGAGUAGUCAAACUGUGACUCCAUAACGAUGUACAUGGCAGACUUAAAAAAAAAAUUAUGAGACAACAUAUGAGAUAACUUUAAAAAAGUCCAUGUUGGAAAGUUAUUCUAGAUACAAUAUUUGUGCAUUACAGCUCGUUAUGACCUACCAUCAACAUGAAUAUGCCACAGUCUGAGCCGAAGUCCUGGCUGGGGAAGCCCUGAUUUAACAAAAGCAAACGUUAAUCAUCUUGUCACAUACACUUUGUAGGAGCCAGAUUGGGGUUUUGCAGUUUAUUGUUAUGUAUUUUUUGUGCCAGCAGAUGGUGCUAUUGUGCCUGUCUAUUUAAUGGGUGGGUUGAUUAGGACAGGUGCGCACACCUGGGAAGCCGAACAGUUUUUUGACCGUGUGAAGUGGUCUUGUGUCUUUGUCUUACAUAAAAUGAUGAAUGAGUAAAAAAAUCAAAACAACAGAAAAUAUGGACGGUGUGACAUGUGACAUUAUUCCACCUGCGGGCACGCGUCAACUCAAGCAAAAAGGUGUUCGUCACAAGUAACAGCAUUGGAAAGCUGUUAUACACUUUUCAACUGUAAUAUAGAGCAUGCACAAAUACCUCUAAAUCUCUGCCCGUUUUCUCAGUCCAUUGCCCAGGACAUAUCUUUUGCGCAAUGUUCCUGUUAAUUUGAGAGCAUCACUUAGAUUUCCCAUGAUGGAAACAAUGGAAUGCAGGGUUAAGGUUAGUUUGAGUGGGUCGGAGGUGAGAUUGAAUGAAUGCGGACGGCUUGCUUCUUUUCAAACUUCCUGAAAGUUCUUCUUCUUCUGUAAAUUUUGCCGCCCCCUGUUGUUUGAAAAUGGUAAAAGAAAUUGAUCAUCUGACCAAAUAUUUAGGAGAUGGGCAUCAAUUCAUGGAGUCUGUGAGGGUUAGAAGCACAUGGGUGAAGGGCUUAGACAUUUAUUUCUAAAAAAAAAAAAAAAAAAGAAACAUUUUUCACUAUUGAAAGUGAAUUUAGUCUGUCGUAAAUUUUAUAAGAAUUGUGUUCCGACUAUGGACUGUAUAUACUAUGGACAACUUGGUUCCGCCUCCUGCCUGUAUAAGGAUUUCAAGCCGAAAAGCGCUCUGUAUUUCUGGGAUUUUUCUUCAUUUCCUGAAACCAACAUUUAGUCCUUGAGCCGGACCAGAUGUCGGUACCACUUGGGUGGGCAAAACCUUACAUAUACUAAAUUGUUUUUAGGGUCAAUAUAAGUAAAUUAAAAUAUGAUAGACUUUUCAUAGGGGUAGCUUUUUAUAUUUUUUCUCAUUUUGUUAUUUUCCUCAAUAGGCGAAUUUUUGUUAACUCCAAAAGCAACACAGAAAGUCAAAAGCACAUUAAAAGUCAUACUCUAUUUGGGUCACACUGCUGUGUUCUAUAAGUGAAUCAAACCUGUGUCUAAUUAAAUGAGUUGAUGAAGUGGGAGUGGCCCAAUUUGAUGGUGGAGCAGUUCUUUCAGGUAUCAUAGCACUUGAGCCAAGAACCAAAAUUUCACAUAUCGGUACCACCUGGGUGGGCAAAUUCUAGUUGUGAUUUUUUUAUUGCUAUACAUCCCUACAAUAAGUUUUUAUAUGAUAGACCUUGGUAACUGGUAGCUUUAUUGUAGUUAUCACUCAUUGAAGUAAUAGAGUGCAGCUGUUCAAAAAUGAAAAAUCGCCUUCCUUCAAAAUGAGCUUUCUUUCAUUUUAACCUCUCAUUUAGGUGUGUUUGAACUAUUGGCUAGCCAUAGAGACUUGUAAUAACCCCCUAAGUAGUAUUUCAAGUAAUUUAUCUAAUACAGGUGUGUAUAUAUAUGCUUCAAUUAGCCAAUUGUCAGGUCUAAAUCAAGGUCUAAAUUAAGGAUAUUUUUUGACAUAGAAGUAGAAGUAAAUGCAGACUAAUAGCAUUAGAAUAACACAACUUUAAUUUGACACUGACAUAUUUUCAAUGCAGGCACUCAUACAAUCAUCCUGGCUGGUGCAGGGCAAGAAGACAUUAGCAACAAUAUAAGAUCUACUGAUGUAUACACUCUAUACAAUCAUCUGAGAAAAACUCCAAUUCCUAUUCAAAGUCCUAUUCUUUCCAUAAGGAACAGUGACAGCAAAUAUGACUGUCAAGUUUUGGCUUAGUACAUAAUACUGUCACUGAGUCACAGUGGGUGUGUUAACAUAGCUCCCUUUGGUCAUCAUUUAUUAAUCAACAUCAGUAAUCGACAUCAGUAUCUGUAUCUUCUUCUACAUCUGAAUCUGCCGGUGUGCAAGGGGCUCUUCCUCACUGUAUUGGUUGGCACAAGUUUGUAAUUUGCACAGGUUUGUGCAUUUCAGCCCAUUGCUGAGACACGUGCAGUCUGGUGGUUUGCAUGUCCUCACACACUUGCAGGAUAGCAACUGCAAGACCGCAUCUGGUGCUGGGGAACCACGCAUCCACUGUAUUUCCAGCUGCCCUUCGUCAUUUAUGGUCCACCCAUGGUCCUUGGGGCUUGGUCCAGAUGGCUUGGUAUGAAGAGACCGUCUCCAGAUAGCAGCCUGGUAGUUGGCACGAAUUGGUUGCAUUAAUACGUAAUCCUGACAUGGUGGAAGCUGGCUGGACUCAACUUUAGCCAAGGUCCUGCAUGAAGGUGGUGAUAGUGAAAAGAUUUAUGUUGUCUUUGACGUUUACAAGGACAUGUCAAUCAAAAAUUCAGAAAGACUUAACAGAGGUGCAGACAUGGGGAUCCAGUUCAGAAACAUUGUUUCUGGCCACAAUAUUCAGCAGUGGAGGAAACUUCUCUGCAGCCCUGCCAACAAAGCCAGUCUCAUCAAGUUCUUGGUGGAGGAAUGGAGUUUUUCUCAGAUGAUUGUAUAGAGUGUAUACAUCAGUAGAUCUUAUUUUGUUGCUAAUGUCUUCUUGCCCUGCACCAGCCAGGAUGAUUGUAUGAGUGCCUGCAUUGAAAAUAUGUCAGUGUCAUAUUAAAGUUGUGUUAUUCUAAUGCUAUUAGUCUGCAUUUACUUUACUUCUACUUCUAUCUCAAAAAAUAUCCUUAAUUUAGACCUUGAUUUAGACCUGACAAUUGGCUAAUUGAAGCUUAUAUAUACACACCUGUAUUAGAUAAAUUACUUGAAAUACUACUUAGGGGGUUAUUACAAGUCUCUAUGGCUAGCCAAUAGUUCAAACACACCUAAAUGAGAGGUUAAAAUGAAAGAAAGCUCAUUUUGAAGGAAGGCGAUUUUUCAUUUUUGAACAGCUGCACUCUAUUACUUCAAUGAGUGAUAACUACAAUAAAGCUACCAGUUACCAAGGUCUAUCAUAUAAAAACUUAUUGUAGGGAUGUAUAGCAAUAAAAAAAUCACAACUAGAAUUUGCCCACCCAGGUGGUACCGAUAUGUGAAAUUUUGGUUCUUGGCUCAAGUACUAAUCGCGCAGUAUCGAUACGCGCAUUCGGCCGCGCAGUCGUCAAAUGCGCGUAUCGCUGUGAUGAUGCUCGGCUCAAACAGCGUAUCCCCCAGGAGAGCUACACAAUCCCUGAAUGCCCAUAGGCUGUAUCAGGUGUCAAUCAUAGAAAACAUGAACCCCCUAAUAACUUUUAAAAACAGAGCUUCACAGAAAAAAGAGGACUUGAGCACAAACCAGUCUUACUAUAACUACAUGUCAACAUCACAAGCAGGGGGGAGAAAAAUUUAUAUUCUGUGUAAUAAAUUUCUAAAGUUUGUCCACAGCUCCAUUAGCUUUGCUGGCGGAGGCGGGAUUUAUGACCUGUACUGCAGCCCGUCAACAGAGGGUACUGUUCUUGGAGUGGCAUCACCCAGCAAGGAGGCAGACGGCGUCCAUUCUAUAUACAAUCUAUGGUUCAGACCAAAAAAAAGAUCAUUUUAAAUUUGUUUUAUACAUCAAUUGUGGUAUCUAUGAGCUACAACAUGAGAUCAAAAACCCUAGCAUAAAAGUCCACCAUUUUAGCUUAGAGGACUAAUAAAGUCAUAAUAGUGGUUAUUAUUACUCUAAAAGACACAGGUAGCCAAUGCAGAGAUUUUAAAAUUAGUGUGAUGUGGGCUCUCUUCCUGGUCUUCGUCAGCAUGCGUGCAGCUGAAUUUUGUAGGAGCUGAAGCUGUGAAAUGUUUUGUCUCUAACUAGAUACACUAGUUAGAGACAAAACUAUGAUUGCCUAGAUGUAGUGAUCGGAAAUAUGAAAAAUGGCUCAUCUUACCCCACUCUCCCCAACACAUACUCCACACAGCCAUUCAACAACACCCUCAACAUGCAACAUCACAAUAUGUCAAAAGUUCCUGCUCGAUACUGUUCUGUCUUAUUUUUGUUUGAGUGUCCACACUUAAAGUUGUAAAAACCUUUCUAUCCACAGGUUACCUUUGGUGAAGUCAGGUCUGUUGUUGAUUGGCUGAAGAUCACCGGGGAAGUGGGUCAUCCUCCUAAUGAGCAUCCAAAGCGGCAGAUCAGAGGACUCGCUUGCACUCAGAGUGAAGUGAGUGGUGCUCGUUUCUGGGGUUUUUUCAAGAAACUUUGUGGAGAACCAGAAAAGUUUUUCAAACACUGCUUUGUGCACAACUUAUGCCCACUCAUUUUUAUGAGUGCCAGCGGGAAAAACCUAACACCCCCUGAACUGCCUGUGGGUGAGCGGGAGAAGCUCCUGGCCCUGUGUGACAUUACACUGUGCAAGGUAGUGGAGGCGCUGGGUGUUUCCAUGGUGAUUGGAGUUGGAAGGGUGGCUGAGCAGAGAGCCCGGCGAGCCUUGACUGCUGCAGGUGUCAGUGUGCGAGUAGAAAGCAUCAUGCAUCCAUCACCCAGAAACCCAAAGGCCAAUAAAGGCUGGGAAGGAGAAGCCAGAACCAGACUGACAGAACUUGGAGUCAUUUCACUGCUAAGCAUGAGCAACAAUAGGAUGAAAGCUCACAAGGAGAAUGAGUAAGAGGCUUAUUGGAACAGUUAAAUCUACUACUAAAGAAUAUAAGCUAACUUCAACCUCACAGGCCAGUUUGUGAUGCACAAAGCACUCCAAAGAGAAUCUGGUAUACAGCCGUGUCUGCUACUGUCUUCCUUUUCAUAUUGAGAGGUGUGGGGUGAGGUAGAGGGUUGCAAACAGCUACAGUCCAGGUAAAGUCAUUUUUAAAUUUUACACACUAAUCAAAUAAAAGGAGUUCAAGAAACAAAGAAAGCAUAUAUUGAAAUAUGCAAAAAUGUAGGCUAAAGGUGUUUGUGAAGGUGCUUUGUUAAAGGGUUGAACUCUAGUUAGAAUUCAUUCAGCUUCUUAAGACUUAAGUCAUUUUGAGUGAAAAGAUGUUAGAAAAUGUGGAUGAUUUGGCAUUACUCAGUAUGCUUUUGCUGAUAAUGAUACAUCAGUUUAUAAAAUAAAUUAAAAGAAGACACCUACAAAGCCAUUGUAGCUCAUUAGUGGUAACAUGAUGGAGUGAGAAAAUAUGAAUUACCUUUGUUUGUCCUACUGCACACAUGUAUAUUUUUGUAUUUUUCUACAUUGUCAAUGUCUUGAUUGUUUUGUUUUUACAUGUGUUUUAUCUUUUUAUGCAG